UCUUAGUGCUUUGUAUAAAAACCAAGGAUUACUCAGCACAUUUCAUUUCAUGCAGUACUUCCUGGAUCCUUCUGUAAAUUUGCAUAGGUUUCACCUGAAUGUUUCUCCUGGCUCUGGUCCCAUUUAGUCCGUUGUGCUUGUCUUCAGCUCAUGCCUCAUUGUGUGGGGUUUUUUCCUCAGCUAAUCAUCCAAUCACGAACUGUGACAGUGUUAGCACCGCCUUCUGGUCUUGUUACGUAGGGAAAGUGAAAGUUAGUGUUGUUGUAACAUGAGCAAAACUACCGUACGGUAGAAGAAAAGGGAACGGAAGAAGCAGAUAAAUCCAGGAUUUUUGAAGCUCAGGAAAAAAAAAACACAAGGCAGGAAAUGCCGGGAAUUAAAAAACAAAAAAUAGAUGCGCACACUCCAGACAAGCAAAAGAUGAAAGGCAAAAACCAGCACCCUCAGGAAAAGCUGUUGUCAGAACUCGCGUACAGAGGUAUCCAAGACAAGCUGAGGUCCCUGGUGCAGGAUGCCCACACGGCCAUGGCUGACCAGCGCUGGCGCAAUGCUCAGCAGGCCUUUUCUCAAGCGCUGUGCCUCCUGGACAGCACCAUGUUAAAGGACCUAAGUCUGUCAUCUCUUGACCAUGUAAUACUCAUAUAUGGUCAUGCUGCUGCCCUUCAGGAAAUCGGUCAGCCUGAGGAGCUUGCUGAAGCGGAAGCCGAGCUGUACAGAAUUGAAUCUGAUUUUAAGGAUGUGAGACGCUUCCACUGUGUGGUGUAUUAUGGCAUUGGGAAAGUGUACCUCAGGCAAAACAGGUUUUCAGAAGCUCUGGCCAAAUUUAAUGACUCUUUAAUCAUGAUAAAGCAUCAGAUCACACCUGGAAAACAAACCUGGCCAACAACUACAGUUAUUGUAAAAGAAACUCAGACAGACUAUUUAAAGGAUGUUUUGGAGAAAGCUAUAGAGGUUUGCAAGUUUCCUCCUAAGCCUGAUGCUGUCUGUUGCUGUCAGCAGUGCUUGAGUCAUUCAAAAAUUCAGAUCUACUUCACAGAUCCAGAUUUUAAGGGUUUCAUCAGAAUGAUGUGUUGCCAGAUGUGUAGUGUGGAGUAUCACAUUAACUGCUGGAAGAAAAUGAAGGCUGUAUUGUACAAUGAAAAAAAUGAUAAGGAUUUUCUACAAGAUACGUGUUUCACACCUGAUUGUGGUGGAAAAAUUUCCAGAAUCAUUAUCUAUGGCUCAAACGGCUUAAUUAAAUGUGAGUUUGAGUCUUCUGUUCAAAAAAGCACAGUUUCUGGAAAAUCGGUUAUCAAACAGAAAUGUACAAGCCAGAGGAAGAUGAAAUCUAAAGAAGAUCGCAAGUUCAGACGAAAGCAGCAGAGAAAGGCGGCAUCUGAGGCCAUUAAAGAGAACCUGGAGGACUCGCCAGUGAAGAGUGAUGGGAGUGAGCAGGAAUCCCAGAGCAAAGCAGCUCCUCAGAAGAGGAUGAUGAUUGGGGACUGCAUACUACAGCAGAUAAGCGAAAACAAACAGCUUUUAGAAGAAGAAAAAUCCCUGGAUGUCUUGGUGGAGCAUAUCCGACCUUGGAUAGCAAUUGAAAGGGAGAAAGGCAACAUCAUCUCAGCGCAUGGUCUAGAAGAGCCUGAAACACUGGGAGACAUUGUGGACCUACUGCUGGAAACGAAGAACAGGGUGUGGGCCAGAGUGUUUAUUGAGGCACUGACUCAAAGUCCAGGCAUCAGCCCAAAACAGCACGACUGGGCCCACAGGCUGAAUAAUGCAGGUUUGAAGGCUGCGAAGGAUUUCCUUGACCAGUACUCUGAGUAUCUGGAGGAGCUGGAUCUCAGCCCUCUGUUGAGCUUCCCGCCACUCCAAGACGUCCUCAUUCAGAAGUUCGGCACCAUGCCCGAGUUUUUUAGCAGCCCUGGCUUCACUAUUACAGAUUAUUUCAAACAGGCCCCACCCGAGGAAAUGCGCCUUUUUAUUUGGACUCUAGAACAGAACAGAGAACAAUUUCCAUCUUUCCAGCAUGCAUUGGAUGAAUAUUUUGAUAUAAAGGAUGGGAUUUGCGUUGUGAUAAAAAAAUCUGAAAAUGAAAACCUAUCUAAUUGUGCUAUAAAGCCUAAAAACAGAAAUCGGAAAAAGAAGCACAAGGAAUCUCCAAAGACUGUCUAUGUUCUUUCUGGAAUUAGGAGUGGGGUUUACAGAGAAGAGGAAGACGAAGAAGACAUUUUCACUGAGGCAGAUACUUUAAUGCUUUUCGACUCCUAUGAUCCUUUUAUAAUCCCUACGCACCUUCGGAGUCAAGUAGAAGAAUUUGAAGGACAUUAUGACUAUCAACCUGGCAGUAGUUUUUAUAGAAGAGCUUUGGACAAUAAUCCAGACCCUACUCGAGAGAGUCUGUAUGACUAUUUUGCCCAGGUGCUGGAAGAGCACGGGCCCAUGGAGGCGGAUAACCCCCUGCUGGUCGGCGAGUUUGAGAACUUCCCCCCCGAGGCACAGCGGAAGAUCGAGGAGGCGGGCGGCCUGAAAUCCUUCCUGCUGGGCUCGCUGAGAUUCGUCCUGGUGGACAACCUCAUUGGGCUGAUGAAGCACGCCGUCUGCCUUCGGGGCGCGGGGCCAGCCGACGAGCAGCCUCCCGCCAGAAAUGAGUGGUGUGUCGACCUUCAGAAGAGGGACAGGGAGGGCCAUAGCCAGAAGAAAGCGCAGCUUAAUCCCGCUGCUAAAGAAUUUAAACCUAUAUAUUGUCUUAAUGCAGAUAUGACGGUAUCCUCAGAGACUCCACUGCUGUCAGAUCAUGAACACCUGCCAGAUGGGACACUUCCUUUGAUCCAGACCAACCAUUAUAGCUAUUCAGGAUUAACCCCUGCUCCUGUAUAUUCAGCACCUGAAUCAACCAUGUUUUCAGAUCAAUCAGACCUUUUUGUGCCUUAUAUUCCUCCUCAUGUACAUUGUGAAAUUGCUCCUAAUUCAGAUGUAAUUAUUGCUGGUCCUUUAAAUAGUAGUAUUGGUAUUGAAAGAUCUAAUAGAGUGUUUGAUCCUGAAAGGACAAAAGCGUCAGAAACUAUUGCGGAGUAUUCAGCUCCUUACCAUAGCCCACCUAACGAUGCAUUGUCACACCAAUAUGUCUUUAAUUCUGAUAUUAAUAACGAAGGUAUUCAACCACACCAUGUAAAACUGGAACUUAGAUGCCCUAUGAAGACCACUGAAGAUACUAAAACGGUUUUGAAAAAGUCAGUAUAUGUACAGGUGCUUUGGGAACCCAUGGAUGAGGUUGCAGUUAAUACAGAACCUUACAAACCAUUUGAAAAAAAUAAGGGUGAUCUAAUCCUAAAAGAAAAGGAUAACAUAGAUUUAGAAAAACAACUGAAACAAAUUGAAAAAGGAAUUGAAGAAAACCAGCGAAUGAAAAAAGAAGAAAUUACUUCCCUGGAAGAAGAGUUAAAAGAAAUAAAUCAGAAUAUAGAGAUUGCAAAUAAAGAAUUGGAGUUAUUCCAACAGAAGUUAGAAGAGGAGGUGAAGAAAGAUCAACAGGAAAAAAAGGAAAAUCAGGAAACAUUAAAGGCCCUUAAAAAUCAAAUCAAAGAACUUACUGAAUCUAAUGAGAUCUGCUUAAAAAACAUUAAGGAGAAGAAGAAGGAAUAUAAUAAACACCUUAAUGACUUCCUAGACCUAAGCAACCAGUCAGCUGCUGAGAAGAUGAGCUUGGAAGAAGUUAUCAAGAAGAGCAAGGAUAUGCAUGCAGAGGCAGUGAAAAGAUCACAAGCUGCAGAGAUCUGUCUGCUGGAGAACAAGUGCAAAGCCAGCCUCCGUAACCUCCAGAAGUGCGUUUCAGAAGGAGAGUCCGUUCUUGCGAAGCUGAAGCAAAUAGCAGCUGUGGUCCCCCCUCCAGCCUUCUUCAUCCCAGUGAUGGACGCCUGGCAGGCCCACGUGCUGGAUGCCAAGGAGAAGAUCCGAAAAAUAGAAGGCCAGUACAAAGAACAAAUCGAGCUCGUGAAGAUGGGUACACGGUUAACAAGUCUGGCGCCUGUGAACGUCCCCAGUCCUCUUCCGGCCCCCGUGCUUCCGGCACUGCCAGCGGGACCUGUUAUCGGCGACCCAGCUGUUCUGCAGGUUUUGCAUUCUGCUCCUCGGACCAGUCCGCCCAUCCCUCAGUUCUCCCAUGGGGCAGUGCCCUUUGGAUUGCCGGUGCCAGGGAAAGUGUACCAGCGGUCAAGCAGCCCUGCCAAAGCCGCCACUGGCCCGGCCCUGGCUGAGCCCCACUCAGGGAAGCCAAGAGGCCAGACCUCUGCAGCAGGAGCAGGGCGUUCCCCUUCUGUCAGCCCUGCACUUGCAAACAAGAGCAAUACCACCAACACCAGACCAGCACCUUCCCAGUCUGGCCAGGGGCCUCGAGCUGCAUCCCAGCAGAAACCCAAUGCCUUCGAGAAAGUCAUUGAACGAUUGAGCUCGAUGUUUCCACAUUACACCAGGCCAACGCUGACAGAAUUCAUUAAGGAGGCACGCGCUGCAAAUGGAGGCAGCCUGAACUUGUUGUCCUAUGAAGAAAUCAUUAACAGAGUGGCCCAGCUGAUCCUAGAUCACCAGGAGAACACCAGAGAACAGAUGGGAUCAGCUUCCGGGGCCAAACUCGGAGAGCUUGGAGCCCAGCCUCAUGCGUCGUGGACCUCGGCUCUCGGUGCGAUGCCCAAAUCAAGCUCUCCGGCCCCUGGCCUUGACCCUGGCGUGACCCCAAGUUCACACCCUUGGAGAACCAUGGACCCCAAGAACCAUUCCAGAUGGUCUAGGGCCGGAGCGCUCAACGACGAGGACCCUUGUAUCAUUUGUCACGAGGAAAUGUCCCAGCAAGAUCUGUGUGUCCUGGAGUGCCGGCACAGCUUUCACCGAGAGUGCAUCAAGGCUUGGCUGAAGGAACAGAGCACCUGUCCCACCUGCAGAGUCCACGCCCUGCUGCCCGAGGACUUCCCCAUCCUGUCCGGGAGGAUCCCGCAGAGCCACAUGCAUCACGCCGGCUCCUCCUGAAGCCGGCAGGACGGAUCCGUGCCUGGGAACGCGCAAACUGCCAGGGACACGCAGCGUGGAGGGGCAGUGACGUCAGGCUGAAUCCGCCGAAUCCACAGCAGGGUUGAAAUUUUAAAACCGAGUAAAUAGUUCAUUUUUUGUUUGAUCGUUUUUAGAGAUUUUUUUUUUUAAACCUUAAAAUUCAGAACAGGUUUUCGAUGUGCUUUUUGCCAUCAGUCUAGUUCUGCGCCAUCAGCUUGCUGCUUCCUGCAAGCGGUUUACUUUGUUAGCUCCCUUCGUAGUGCUCUGAAGCUUUCCUCCCUCAUUUAUGCAUAUUUUUAUCAUUUGAAAAUGUUUUUGUACAGGCAAUGUAUGUGGAAGUGAAAAUACAGUCAUUUGUAUUGAAUUUCUCAAAUGCCACAGCUAUGCCCUUAGGAAGGUGAAAUGGAGUAUUAACGUGCUGCAGUAAAAUUAAAACCUUUCACAAGUUUAAGACAA